AUGGCUUCCCAAGAACACACAACCUUAAGAUUAGGGUCUACUGCGCCAAACUUCGAAGCUGAAACCUCCAACGGUAAGAUUUCCUUCCACGAUUUCAUUGGUGACUCAUGGGCUGUUUUAUUCUCCCAUCCAGAUGACUUCACCCCAGUCUGUACCACCGAAUUGGGUGCUUUCGCUAAGUUAGAACCAGAAUUCACCAAGAGAAACGUUAAAUUAAUUGGUUUAUCUGCUAAUGGUACUGAAUCCCACAAGGCUUGGAUCAAGGAUAUUGAUGAAGUUACUGGUUCCAAGUUAACCUUCCCAAUCAUUGCUGACUCAGAAAGAAAGGUUGCUCACUUAUACGAUAUGAUUGACUACCAAGAUGCUACUAACGUUGACGACAAAGGUCUCCAAUUCACCAUCAGAUCCGUCUUCGUUAUCGACCCAGCUAAGAAGAUUAGAUUAAUCUUAGCUUACCCAGCCUCUACUGGUAGAAACACCGCUGAAGUCUUAAGAGUUGUUGAUUCUUUACAAACUGGUGACAAAUACAAGGUCACUACCCCAAUUAACUGGGUUCCAGGUGAUGAUGUUAUUGUCCACCCAACUAUUUCUAAUGAAGACGCUAAGACUUUAUUCCCAAAAUUCAGAAUAAUCAAGCCUUACUUACGUUUAACUCCAUUAGAUGUCAAGGAAGAAAAAUAA